UGUCAUUUACUGCGAUGCUUUCAUUUUGGCGUUCCCUAUUUUCUGUCACAACAAUGCCCUAGAUUGUUUGGCUAAUGUAAUUAUUCGAGUAGUAUUAAUUUAAUAACAAUGUAGAAAAAGUAAUAAAGGGCUACAAUUAUAGUGUGAGUCAACAGUAUGAUAUAUUCAGUGCGUAGCAUUUUGAGGUUAUGUCGAACACAAUGUAUUUUACAAAAGAAACGACUAAACCAUAUUCGUGUUACAAGUGAAUUAAAUAAUAAGGAAAAUGCCGAGAAAAGCAGCGAAGAGAAGGAUUUCAAGACAUUAUUACAGAAAAAUCAGGAUAAAAUAAUCUUCAACUCGUAUUUAGAACAUGAAAGGUUAGAACUAGGUCACUUCAGAUAUCACUUAAAAACCUUGAAAACUGCUAAAAUUGAGAGUGAAAAAGAACACAUAAAGAAGAGUCUACCGCCUCUACCAGUAGCAUUACAAUACAUUGUGGAUAAAGAAAAGUUAUUGGAAGCUGAAAGUGAACCAAUAGAGCAACCAGGCGAGGAAGUUUUUCAAUUACCUUUUGCUAAAACUACACCACUUGAAUUGGUAAAAGAUGACACUGAAAGCUCUGCAGCAAAAUCUGAAAGCUGUACUUCAAAACCUGUCACUUCAGAAAACUCUGAAUUUGACAAAAGCGAUGUGGACAAGUGGAUGAUAAACUAUGAGCAUUAUGAUGAUACUCAGUUUGAAACUUCAGAUGAUGAGUGGUCGCUACGGUAUGGGACUCCCGACCCCAGAAUAGGGAUCACCCAGGUUCCGUGCGGGGGCUGCGGCGCACUUUUGCACUGCAGCGAGCCCUCUAUACCAGGAUAUUUGCCAAGUGAAAUCCUGCGACAUAGGAAAGAGGAAGAACUGAAAAGCAUGGAAUGCCAGCGAUGCCAUUUCCUAAAGGAGUAUAAUAUUGCCUUAGAUGUAACUGUGCAACCAGAAGAAUAUGAAAAGCUAUUACAGUCUAUUAGGUAUGUGAAGUCACUAGUAGUACUUAUGGUUGAUUUACUAGACUUCCCAUGCUCCAUUUGGCCUGGGAUAGUUGAUAUUAUUGGCACAGAGAGACCUAUUAUAAUCGUAGGAAAUAAGGUGGACCUUUUGCCUGGGGACAGUAUUGGCUAUUUGAAAAGAGUAAGAGAAUCUCUCCUCACAGAAAUCAAUAAAACCAAACUUGCAGAAGCAAAUAUCAAAUAUGUUUCUCUGAUUUCUGCCAAAACUGGUUAUGGAGUGGAAGAUUUAAUAACUGUCAUGUUCAAGGAGUGGAUGUACAAGGGGGAUGUGUUCCUAGUCGGCUGCACAAAUGUCGGUAAAAGCUCCCUAUUCAACGCUCUGCUGCAGUCAGAUUACUGCAAGGUGCACGCCGUGGACAUCGUCAAAAGGGCCACAGUCAGCAGAUGGCCCGGGACAACACUGCACUUGUUGAAAUUUCCCAUCAACAGACCUUCAGGUUGGAAGAUAUACACCAGAACAAAGAGAUUGAAAACCGAACGUAAGCUGAUAAAAAUGGAGAAAGAAAUUCGCAGCUCGCUGUCGAACGGCAGGCCGCCCGCCGAGCCGCCCGUGCUCAUCGGCCACAUCGGGCGCUCCUUCACGGGCCCGCCGGCGCGCGAGGGCGCGGACGUGGCCGAGCGGCACCGCCGCAUGAUGGGCCUCGACGAGAGAGACGAGAUGUUCGUCAACAGCAAGUGGUUCUACGACACGCCCGGGGUCAUUCACCCCGACCAGAUGUUGUCGCUCCUCAGCACUGAGGAAUUACUGCUCACCAUUCCGAAACAGACUAUCAAGCCCCAGACUUACUACCUGCAUCAGGGUUAUACAAUAUUGAUUGGUGGUUUGGCUCGGUUGGAUCAUAUAGAAUGCCUGCAUCCAUGCCGGUUUACGAUCUUUUGCGCGGAGAGCUUACCCAUCACCGUGUCGAGGACCGAGGACGCGGACAAGCUGUACGACAGCUUCGUGGGCACAGAGUUGUUCGCGGUGCCAACCGGAGGAGCAAAGAGACUGAGCAACUGGCCGGGGUUAGAGAAGAAAAGGGAGGUUUUUGAGUUCGAAGGAGAGGGACCAAAGAUGUGCUGCGGCGAUAUCGUGCUAUCGUCCGUGGCUUGGGUGUCGGUGACGGCAAAGGGCGGGUCUAUUUGUAGAGUCAUCGCGUGGACGCCCGGCGCACGCGGCGUACACCGAAGAUACCCUUCCCUGCUACCUUAUGCCGUCAACUUGAAAGGGAAAAGAGUUCGCGACACUCCCGCGUAUAUGGUGGGAAAGCCAUUCAUUGGGGAAUAAAUUCUUAAGUAGCAUUGUAAUCGUCACCUACUAUGUAGUUGAAUAAAUAAAAAUCUUAAAUU